UCUACAAUGUUUUCUUGGAGUAUGCUCAAGGUGGAUGUUUAGCUGAUUUUAUGGACGUUACUAUAUUGUCUGAGACUAAAGUGAGACAGUAUACAAAAUCUAUUUUGAGAGGACUUGAGUGUGUUCACAAGAAAGGUAUUGUUCAUUGCGAUUUGAAACCUGAGAAUAUAUUGAUGGUGAAGGAAGAAGACGACGAUGAGGAUUUUGUGGCUAAAAUAUCGGAUUUUGGACUUUCGAAAAAGAUGUCUGAUGAUUGGAGGACUCCUGGUAUUGUGAAAGGAACAAAAGUUUAUUGGGCUCCGGAAUGUGUAGAAGAUGAAAUUCAAGAACAGUGUUCGGAUAUAUGGGCACUAGGUUGUAUUGUUCUAUAUAUGCUAACAGAUGGAAGUAUGAGAUGGAACAACAAAAUAAAUGAAACUAUGUCUAAAGAUGCUAAAGAUUUUCUCGUCAAGUGUUUUGAAGCCAAUCCAUUGGAAAGACCAUCCGCCACCAUGCUUUUGAGUCAUCCAUUUGUAGGUGGGAGUGGAUUUAUUAAUAAAGUAAUUCCUAAGAGAAAAAAGAUAAAGAACUCUUAAUUUUUAUCAAUCUAUCUUUAUUUGAUAUGUAAAUGUAACACAUUUUAUUUGUUUAUAUAUGAAUGAAGUUGAAAAAUUUUAUUUACACCCAAAAAAAAUUUAAA